UUUCUCUCCCUUUUCUUUGAACUCACUUUCACUCUCUUCGUCCUCCCUCCCAAACUAGUAGUGCAAUUUCCCCCUUUCCUUUAUUUAAAUCUUGGGUUCCUUUUUCUUUCAACAUUUUCUGUUUUUCCAGAGAUUAGGAUGGGUAAAAAAGAUUUCAACUUUUUAUUUAAUUUUCAACAUCCUGGGUAUUUGAAGAACUUUGCCUGCUGUUGAGUGAACUAACUACACUUGGUAGAUAGUUUCAAUCUUUGAGAUCUGGGGUUUCUUUAUCCCUAAAAAACCCUAGUACAACUCUGUAUUUCAAUUUCUAAUUAGGCUAAAAAUUUCUUUUUUGAAGUAAUUAGGGAUUUCAAAAUUUUUACCUGCAUAAAGAUUAGUACUUUUGGUGGUAGGGUUUCAUUUUAUCUUCAUUAAACCGUUGAGAAAUCUUAGUUUAGUAUUGUGACUUGUUCUUGGACAUCUGGGUUAAUUUCUUUUCGUCAGAAAUUCAAAGGGUUUAGUAUUUGUUGGAUAAGUAAGUGAUUUUUGUGAAGAAUUGGGUGAAGUUAAUGUAUGGAAGGGAGAGAAGGUAUGACAUUGCAAGGUUCAGGUCCUUAUUUUAUGCAUAGAACAUUUCCAGGGGCAGUUGGGUCAGGCGCUGGGCAAUCUGGAUUGAAUACACUACCUCAAGGGUUUAGACUCUCUUCAAACCCUAAUCUUUCUGCUCAGCCAAUUGUUAUGGCAAAUAAUUCUGUGGGUCCUACAUUUAAUGUUGAAGAGUCUCAGCCUAAUGCGCCUCAAGGAUUCACCAUAAAUGAGCCCUCUAUUGGGGGUACAUUGAGUGAACCUGUAAAGAAGAAGAGGGGUAGGCCUAGAAAAUAUGGGCCAAACGGUUCUGGCCCAGGGGGUGGAGCUUCCGGGUCGGGGACGGUGUCGUUGGCUCUCUCGCCGUGCACCCAGGAUUCAGGUACCACCUGGGAGAAGAAGAAGAGAGGAAGGCCACGUGGCUCUGGGAGGAAGCAAAGAUUGUCCUCAGUUGGUGAGUGGAUGAAUAAUACAGCUGGCCUUGCUUUUACACCUCAUGUUAUUGACGUUGCAGCUGGAGAGGACAUUGCCUCCAGAAUACUUUCAUUUUCGCAAGAGAGGCCGAGAGCGCUCUGUAUUAUAUCUGGAAGUGGUGGUGUUUCCUCUGUUACAUUACGUAAGCCUGCAUCACCAACGGGAACUGUCACUUUUGAGGGCCAUUUUGAAAUUAUAUGCUUAGCGGGCUUGUACUUGGUUAAUGAAACUGGUGGAUCUCGUAACCGGAUCGGUGGUGUUAAUGUUUCCCUUUAUAGCCCUGAUGGGCGUGUGAUUGGUGGCGCAAUUGGUGGAAGGCUUGUUGCUUCAAGGGCCGUCAAGGUUAUGGUGUUCAGUUUUGUUUACGGUACUAUAAAGGGAAAGAGCAAGGAAUCGGAUUCAAAAGACGAAAUGAGAUCCGAGCAACCUUCGAGCGAUAAAUCUUCAGCACAGAUCGAUGCUUCUUCUAAUCAAAAUGUUGGUGGCUCUGGCUCAUGGCCUUGUUCUAAAGGACUGGAUCUAAAGAAUCCCUGCACUGACAUUGACUUGGCGAGCGGAUAACUAGUGAUUAAAAACACAUUAAGCUACUUGUUUGGGUGAUUUGUAAAUACAAUGUGUCGUGUAUUUAAAUGCCUGUUAGAUGAAUGAGGUUCGAGAUAAACGUAAUGAAAGUUCGAGGUCCCUAUUCGUGCAGGGGCCUGAAAGCUGAUCGUUGUUUCCUAACUUGUGAUGAAGCCCUUGGACCUUGACUUGGGUUGCUGAUUUGGGUAGCCAGAUUUGAGAUAAUUGAGUUUAGUAGUAGGUGGCAUUUGUAUUUGUUAGGGGUAUUGUACUGCAAAGAGUUUUAUGAUGAGUGCUUAUUGUUACUCAUGUUCAUUUUUUAGUUUCUCAUUAAAUGAUUUUUACUGUUUUGUCAUUUUGUCUUUAUUUCUUAUGCUUUCAAGCAGUCCAUUAUUUGAUUC